AUGUUUCUUUAUAUCCAGGAAUCUCCCGAGGUCCACAUGUCUCUACCUCGCGCCCCGGAUCCUGCUGGUCUGGCAGCUUACUGGGCGGAAUAUGAGGACCUAUGUCGCCAGAUCACUACAGCUGCCAGCAAUGAUGAUGAUGACAACCACUAUGAAGCCUUGAGUCUGCAUUCCUCCAACAAUGAGGGUGUCACAGCUAGUAGACGUGUUCCGGGUUCAGGCAUCCCUGGAAUGCCAUAA